GGUUAAGGGUGGCUGUAGAGUCAUCGGUGUGGGCCAGGACAGGGUGGGGGUGUGAGGCUUUGCCCGGUUUGGGGCUCCCCCUCCGCUGACCCGUCUACCCCCCACGCAGAGUGCAUGAGAGCCUUGGGACGUUCGAGCCCAGAGCUGUGUCUCAGAGCAGCCAGCACCAUGUCCCCACCCCAGCUUCCCUCUGUCCCCACGGCGCUGGACCCCCAGCCCGAGGAGGGCACCGUCACCGUGGUGGUGCGGGUGCGACCCUCCGUGGCCAACGAGCGAGAGCGGGCCCACCCUGUCCUGCGCGUCCUCGACCAGCACGUCCUUGUCUUUGACCCCGAGGAGGCCAGCGGUCCCUCGGGCAUUGUGCCACCCCUCCGUGGGCACAAGCACCAGGGCAAGAACCAGAAGUUCGUCUUUGACCGGGUUUUUGAGGAGAAGGCCACGCAGGAGGAGGUGUUCCAGCACACCACCCGUGAGGUGUUGGACAGUGUCCUCAAUGGCUACAACUGCUCCGUGUUUGCCUACGGCGCAACUGGAGCAGGAAAAACCCACACCAUGCUGGGCUCAGAGGAAAACCCCGGCAUCAUGUACCACACCAUGGUGGAGCUCUACAAGAGGAUCGAGGCCAGGAAGGAGGAGAAGAGCUGCGAGGUCCUAGUCUCCUACCAGGAGGUGUACAAUGAACAGAUUCACGACCUGCUGGAGCCCAAGGGCCCUCUGGCCAUCCGGGAGGAUCCUGAGAAAGGAGUCGUGGUUCAGGGUCUCUCCUUCCACCAGCCCGCCUCGGCGGAGCAGCUCCUGCAGAUGUUGGCCAACGGCAACAAGAACCGGACGCAGCAUCCUACUGAUGCCAACAAAACCUCCUCCCGCUCACAUGCCAUCUUCCAGAUCUAUGUGAAGCAGCAGGACCGUGGUGGUGGCCUUGACCGGGAUCUGCAAGUGGCCAAGAUGAGCUUGGUUGACCUGGCAGGCUCGGAGCGAGCCUCAGUCACCAACGCCAAGGGCGAGCGGCUCCGGGAGGGCGCCAACAUCAACCGCUCGCUGCUGGCCCUCAUCAACGUCAUCAACGCGCUGGCUGAUGCCAAGAGCAAGAAAACCCACAUCCCGUACCGGGACAGCAAGCUGACGCGCUUGCUGAAGGACUCCAUUGGCGGCAACUGCCGCACCAUUAUGAUCGCUGCGGUGAGUCCCUGCGCUCUGGCCUACGAGGACACCUACAACACCCUCAAGUACGCCAGCCGUGCCAAGGAGAUCAAGCUGCUGCUGAAGAGCAACGUGCUCAGCUUUGACUGCCACAACAGCAAGUGCGUUGCAAUGUGCAAGCAGCUGAAAGCAGAGGUGGCAGAUCUGCAGGCGAAGCUCCGUGCCUACGAGGACGCUGCGCGGCCAGCACAGAGCCAGGCACCAGCAGCUGCUGUCACCUCCACCCCGGUGGAGCUGCCCAGGUUGGAGGAAGCAGUCCUGAAGCCAUGCCUGGCCCUGGAGGAGCAGAUGGAGUGUGAUGGAGACCAGGAGAAGCUGGAAGCUGAGUGGCCUGUUCAGCUGCAACUGGAGUCAGUGGAGGAGGGUCCAGAGGAAGUCCAUCCCAGCAGCCCCAAAGCAACGCACCAGACCGAAGUGCAGCUGGAAGCGAAGACACCAAGCUUCCUUCUACAAGGGUUGUCCGGCAGCCAGACAGAGACCCUUGUAGCUGCUAUCCUGAGCGUUGCCCGGAAGCAAUAUUCCCUCCUGAAGGCUGCCAACCUCCUGACUCCUGCCAUGGCCUCAGAAUUUGAGGAACUGGAGCGCCUGGUCCAUCAGAAGACUGGUGGAAGCCUGGGACGAGCCCCAUCUCCCACCAGACCCUCAGAGGUCGACGGGGCCAGCCCAGGCCAGAACCCGCAGUGGGGCUGUGACGCUGCAGCGUCUGUCACCACGAGCACUGCCCUGCGAUGCUCGCCGCAGCUCACUCCGCUCUCCAGCUCCACGCCGACAGGUCCCAGCCCAGCGAGGAAGAGGAGGAGGUCUGAGGGGAAGAACGCUUCCCAGUCGGCAACUCCCCGCAGCCUCAAAACACAGAGCAAACGGCCGCGGACAGAUGGGGGAGAAGCGGAGACUCCCCAGGAGCUGCAGAGCCCAGGCAGCCCCUGUCUCCAAGCAGUGGCCCAGGCAGCCUUUGUCUCCCCACUGCCGUCAUCUUGCACCUCCAAAAUCUGUCCGCCAACCGUCACCAAAGGCCGUUUGCCCCUGGCCAUGUCAGCUGCCCAGAACUGCUGCUCCCAUCCUGACACAGGAAGGAAAAACCUGAAUGUGACUUUUGAGGUCUGCACGAUCGGUGACUCCCCUGAUCCGGCCAAACCCGUUCCCUUCGGCCUGUCCGAAUUUCCCAUCUGGGACAACGCCCAGAGCCUCCUCAACAAGCCUGACCGACCCAUAGGGCCCAAAGCCUGUGUCUCUGCGUUUCCCACGAAGACUUCCUCCAUCCCAAAGUCUUCAUCGGUCUCCAAAGCACCUGCGCAGAAGCGGAAGCGAGCGGUGAGAACCACCUCCCGCUCCCCGGGACAGGUCCAGAGCCGCAUCCCACACGUCCCCAGCAGCAGCAAGAGAUGUGUGCCGCCUUCCUGCAUCACAGACUCAAAACAUCCUUUGGGCACACUCACCCUGAAAGGCAGCCAGACGACCACCAAAUCGCUUGCAGCUCCCACCCGCCAGCCAAGGAAGCUCUUAUGCUGAUGGCUCCACCAUCCUCCAUCCCUCCACGUGUUCAGACCCAGUUGUUAAACUUCUCCCUUCCUUCCCUCUUGUUUGUUUUCCCCAUCCUUCCUGCAGCCCCACAAUGCUUCUGCCCCUAAAGUCAUCCCCAGCUGCCUCCUCUCCUGGUGGCGUCCCCCCGUUUCUUGUUGUUGGUGGCGUCCCCCCGUUUCUUGUUGUUGGUGGCGUCCCCCCGUUUCUUGUUGUUGGUGGCGUCCCCCCGUU